GCUCAGCGUGCAGAACUCUGUGAGAGCAGCGAGAGAAGAAACACUGCACGCCAACACAUGACAAACCACCGGGGUUAAACAGCAGCAGGAUCCGUGUUCAUCAUCAUGGGGAUGGACCGGCGGCGGAGAGCCUCGCUCGCGCUCACCUUGAACUUCCUCGCGCUGAUCCUCGCCAUAUCCGCGCUGACCACCAGCUACUGGUGCGAGGGGAACCGGAAAGUUGUCAAGCCCUUCUGUACCGGACCGGUGACCGUCAAACAGACGCACUGCAUUAGGUACAACAGCUCGAACAUCAACGACAGCCGGCUGGUUCAGUAUAUCUGGGAGACCGGCGAGGAUAAGUUUGUUCUGAGGAAGUUCCACACCGGCAUCUGGUUCUCCUGCGAGCAGAACGUCGACCUUGUCGGUAAGGAUGCGGCUUUUCUUCCCGUCACACCAGCAAACGGCAAAGAACGUGGUGUUUUGUGGCUCUGCAUCGUAACCGAGUGUCUCUACAUCUUACUGCUGGCCACCGGAGGAAUCCUCAUGUCCAUCGAGGUCUGCCAUUUUGGAAACGUCAUCGAUGGACUGAAACUGAAUGCCUUCGCUGCCAUAUUCACAGUCCUGUCAGGUCUUCUCGGUAUGGUAGCACACAUGAUGUUCACUACAGCGUUCCAGCUGACCGUCAGUCUGGGCCCGGAGGACUGGAAGCCACAGAACUGGGACUACAGCUGGUCUUACAUCUUGGCUUGGAGCUCCUUCACCGCCUGCAUGGCCUCCUCCGUCACCACCAUCAACAGAUACACCAAGACUAUUCUGGAGUUCAAACACAAGCGAAGGAACAUUGCGAAGAACCUGAAGAUCAAGCAGAAGCUGCUGGACCUGGACUCUCCAGACCAGGUGUGGGACAUGUACAUCAGCUCCGUCCCCAGCUCGGCCGAGGAGUUUCUGGACUUGUCCAGUUCUGGACGCAAGCUCUCCGCCAAUUCAGUCUUCCUGGACCUCAACGACCUGCCGUCUCCACAAGGAGAGGAGUACUGCUGAAGCCGGUCAUCAUCGACGUCAUUAACAGACUCUGACAGCCGUGGGAGCUUUGUUUGGAGGUGAUGCGUUGAGAUUAUAUAACUGUUGCAUAAUGUUUGGUUUGAUGUUGUGCUGUUGUCUGAAGGUGAUACUGUGAGUUUUAGUUUGUUAUUAAUGUGCUGCUGACAUAGUAUGCGUAAAAUGUAUUCUGGAACCAGACCUGCGACGAAUGAACGGCUUUCCUCAAUCCUAGAGAAUAAAAUGUGACACAAGGCAUUUGUAAAAAUCUAACCAUUGAAAUUGCAUUAGAAAUAUUCCCAUUUUCUGAGAGCCACCACACUCAUUCAGUAGAAAACGUCUUUUUGUGAAAGCUGCCCGCUGCUUUAGAUUUUCCCUCUGCUGUAUUAUGAAGUCAUUUCCAAAUCGAUCCUGAAGGUCUGUUUUCUAGAUCAGUUCUAAUGAGACACAAAUUAGAUUGCUGAGUGCCUUUGUUUGUGCUAUUGAUCUUGGUUCUUUAACCGUAUAGCAUGCAAAAGUCCUGGAACAGUUUAUUUUAUAGCCUAUUUGAUCAUCCAUAAUAAUCUCAACACAUUUCAAAUUAGGCUAUGUAAGGAUUGUUAUUUCACAAAUAUAAAUGAAAAAUCAAGAGAAUUAUUUUGUUUUUAAUUGUUAAUCAUUCUGUAGAGUGCAAAGGUCUAUAUGUGUCUGUGAAAAGAACAAGAAUUGAAUUCUAGAUCAGCUAAGCGCAUGCAACUGUUUGGGAUAAAAGAAGUGGCUUUACUGUGGGACGCCGUGUUGUUCUGUUUAGGAUGGAAGAACAUGAUCCAUGA